CGUCUCUGACAUUUCUGCUCGCUAUGGUGCGAUGGAUUCGCUGCUUUGAUGCCCAUUGACAUCAACUCGCUGCGUGUGGACAGGGGUGGGGAUCCAGAUGCCGUACGAGAAGCGCAGCGGAGUCGCUUCAAGGCAGAUGAGCGCGUGGAUGGAGUUCUUCAAUUGGACAGGCAAUGGCGCGAGUGCAUCACCAGCACUCGGGAUCUGCAGACUCGCUUGGGAGUGCUGCAGAAGGAGGUGAUCGCGCCCAAGAAGAAGAAGCAGCUGCCUUGCGAGGCGGAGGUGGCUGAGGCCAAUGAGCUGCGGCAGCAGCUGAGGCAGCUGGAGUCUGAUGCUGUGAGAUUGGAGCAGGAGCGUGAUGAGCUGCUCAGCCGCCUGGGCAACUAUGUCGAUGCCUCGGUGCCUGUGUCCAACGAUGAGGACCACAAUCAGGUGAUUUCUAUGUGGCCAACGCAUCCCCCUGAGACGGGCCCAAUGACCCACGAUGAGCUGCUUUGGCGCAUUGGUGGCUACAAUCCGGAGCGAGGUGCCAAGGUGGCAGGAAGCCGUGGGUACUUCCUGGAAGACGCAGGCGUGAUCCUGAACCAAGCCAUUUUGAACUUCGGCCUUGCCUUCCUUCGCAAGCGCGGCUACCGCGCCGUGCAGCCGCCCUACUUCAUGAGGAAAGACUUGAUGGGUGCAGUGGCACAGCUCAGCGAUUUCAACGACCAACUCUACAAAGUCACCAAAGGAGACGGUGCCGAUGAAGCUGGAGACAAGUACCUCAUUGCGACAUCUGAGCAGCCCUUAUGUGCCAUGCACGCGAAUCUUGAAAGCUUAUUGAUUGACAGUGAUAUGCGGCUUGCAGAGAGUGAGUCAACGCGUCUGACACAAGUCCUGUCUUGCACUCUUGACAUUUAUGGUGACGCUGCGGCAAAAUUUAGGAAGGAGAUUCUGGAGGAGGACCAGCUGCCUCUGCGAUAUGCGGGCCUGUCCACUUGCUUCCGGACGGAGCUCGGGAAGGCGGGCAAGGAGAAUCGGGGCAUCUUCCGGGUGCAUCAGUUCGAGAAGGUGGAGCAAUUCUGCCUCACCGCCGGCGAUCUCGUGGAGUCCACCAAGAUGCACGAGGAGAUGCUCCGCUGCGCCGAGGAGUUCUACCAAGCGCUUGGCAUACCUUACCGUGUGGUGAAUGUGGUGUCUGGGGAGCUGAAUGACGCGGCCAUCAAGAAGUUCGACCUGGAAGGGUGGUUUGCCGGCCAGGGGCAGUACCGGGAAUUGGUCUCCUGCUCCAACUGCACUGACUUCCAAUCACGAGCGCUGGACGUCCGAUGCAAGAAGGACAAGCGCCUUCAACAUGUACAUAUGCUGAAUGCCACGCUCGUGGCGGCUGGCAGGUGCAUUUGCUGCCUGCUGGAAGUCUAUCAGACACCGACGGGUGUGCGGGUGCCGCCUGCGUUGGUACCUUUUAUGGGAGGGCUCGACUUCCUCCCCUUCGUGCGCGAACCGAGCCGAGAUCCAAAGAAGGCCACGAAGCCAGUGCAGCCUGGGGCCUGAGCGCGUGAAGACAGAGGUUUGAGCUGCGAGCGGGCUGCAUGGCUUUGGGCUUCGUCUAGGUUCGUC